ACUUCUCAUUCACAGCUCAGAAGCAAGUCAAGGAACUACUCCAAUACCAAUCCACACCCAACCAACAAAAUGCGAGAGAUUGUUCACCUUCAGGCUGGUCAGUGCGGCAACCAGAUCGGUGCCAAGUUCUGGGAAGUCAUCUCAGACGAGCAUGGCAUUGACCCCACCGGCACAUACCACGGAGACUCCGAUCUUCAGUUGGAGAGAAUCAACGUAUACUACAAUGAAGCCACAGGAGGCAAAUACGUUCCACGUGCCGUAUUGGUGGAUCUUGAGCCAGGAACCAUGGACUCCGUGAGGUCCGGACCUUUUGGACAGAUCUUCAGACCAGACAACUUCGUCUUCGGUCAGAGUGGUGCUGGAAACAACUGGGCUAAGGGACAUUACACAGAAGGUGCUGAGCUUGUAGACUCUGUUCUUGACGUUGUACGAAAGGAGGCCGAAGGCUGUGAUUGCCUUCAGGGAUUCCAGCUCACACACUCCCUUGGUGGUGGUACCGGAUCCGGUAUGGGCACACUUCUCAUCAGCAAAAUCCGUGAGGAAUACCCAGACAGGAUCAUGAACACAUUCUCCGUCGUGCCAUCACCAAAAGUAUCAGACACUGUUGUUGAACCCUACAACGCCACCCUCUCCGUCCAUCAGCUUGUUGAGAACACCGACGAGACCUACUGCAUCGACAACGAAGCUCUCUACGAUAUCUGCUUCCGUACCCUUAAGCUCACCACCCCAACAUACGGAGAUCUCAACCAUCUCGUCUCUGCCACCAUGUCCGGAGUCACCACCUGCCUCCGAUUCCCUGGUCAGUUGAACGCCGAUUUGAGGAAGCUUGCCGUCAACAUGGUACCUUUCCCACGUCUUCACUUCUUCAUGCCCGGAUUCGCCCCACUCACCUCCCGAGGAAGCCAGCAGUACCGAGCCCUCACCGUCCCUGAACUCACCCAACAGAUGUUCGAUGCCAAGAACAUGAUGGCUGCUUGCGACCCACGUCACGGCCGUUACCUCACCGUUGCUGCCAUGUUCCGUGGCCGCAUGUCCAUGAAGGAGGUUGACGAACAGAUGUUGAACGUCCAGAACAAGAACAGCAGCUACUUCGUCGAAUGGAUCCCCAACAACGUCAAGACCGCCGUCUGUGACAUCCCACCACGUGGUCUUAAGAUGUCCGGAACCUUCAUCGGUAACAGCACCGCCAUCCAGGAGCUGUUCAAGCGUAUCUCCGAGCAGUUCACUGCUAUGUUCCGUCGUAAGGCUUUCUUGCAUUGGUACACUGGCGAGGGCAUGGACGAGAUGGAGUUCACUGAAGCCGAAUCCAACAUGAACGACUUGGUGUCUGAAUACCAACAGUACCAGGACGCCACCGCCGAGGAGGAGGGUGAAUUCGACGAGGAGGAGGAAGAAGCCGACGCUUAAAUUUGAAUCUGUACCAAUCGAUCAUAAACAAUACCUACAGAACUGAAAAUUAACAUUAACAUCCACCGAAUGAGAAAUAUCCUAAAAUGAACCAAAAAAACACCAUGGUUUCUCAUGAAAAUCUAUUUUACCUUGUUAAGGUCGAACAUGUAUUGUAAUACAUGCCUGCACUAGCCAAACCAUGACAAUUUGUUAAGUUUUAUAUCUUCAAUUGUGAAAUUAAAGUUUUAUACAAAUA